GUCGUGAGCAAUUCCAUAGCCUUCGGACUUGAUCAGUAAUCCACGUUGCACUACGUAGAGCGUCUGAAUAUCAUGUUACCUUGACCCCGGGGUCUAUAUAAAGGCCUUGCAUAUCAUACAAUCUCAAAUCCAAACCUAAGACCAUUCAAGUCUUGUCCCCUCACUCUCAAGACCCAAAUUAUCAAAAUGCCACUCUGGGAAAUUUACCACCCGGCCGGCACAUUCGAAGACGAUGCCUCCAAGCAAGCCUUCGCCAAAGAUAUCACCAAGAACUACACAGACUUUGGCCUCCCUUCCUUCUACGUUGUAGUCAACUUCUUCAAAAUGGACAUCCGCGAUACCUAUGUUGGCGGCAAAGCAAAGGCCGCCACUGACAAGCCGUUUGUCCGUGUGGUCAUCACGCAUAUCGCCGUUCAUGUUCCAAAUGUCGACGUGGCCUAUCUUCGCACAACUUCUCGUCUUGACCAGAUCAUGAAGCCUCAUUUACUGGAAAGGGGGUAUGAUUUCGAGUACCAUGUGGACGAGACAGAAAGACGACUCUGGAAGAUUAACGGCCUAAUUCCUCCCCAGCAUAAAAGUGCUGAGGAGCGCAUUUGGGUGGAGGAGGAUCGUCCCGUCCCGUAUGAGGGCGCAUAUCCCCAUACUUCGUCAUUUCAGUCUUCUAUUUAGAUUGCGAGAUGAAUAACCUCUUGUUACUUGAGAUAGCCACGGGAACGAAUCUCUUUCCUUACCUGUGCACUUGCGAGGGGGGUGUUAGCUGCGUGUGGCGAAGGAUAAAACCUCUGAGAUACACAUCGUGGGAUUGCUUCGUUAAAUUAAAU